AUGACGCAUGGGUCCAUCUGGCAGGAUAUGAUGGCAUACAAGAUGGUCAUCAGAGCCAAGGAGAACAUCGGCAUUGUUGUUGCGUAUGGGAUCGUGUUCUUCGAGAACGGUUCUCUGAACUACGAGGACUACAUCUCACUUCGACAGAACACAGCUUUGGCUGAGGAUCAUAUAGAUACAUUCAGAAGAUAUUCCAAACAUGCCAGCGAUCUUUAUGAUGCUUAUAACAUGUCCAACUCGAAUGUGUUCGCCGACAUUGCCAAUUUCAGUUCCAUGUGGUUGUCGAAUAACUACUCGGAUUACUCGAAAAGGGUUAGCGCAACGUUCCGCGACACUACGUUCGAGUACCUGGACCUUCUAAAGGACCUCAGUUUGGAGAUUAAGAACGAUAUAAACAAUAGAAUAAAAGAGGAAACCGAUGCGUCUGAACUGUUCCUAGCUGUGUCCAUUCUUGCUUUUGUUAUGGUCAUCGUCCUCACUCCUCUUCUGGUGUGGUUGAUGCACAGACUGACCACGUCCAUACAGGAAUACGCUCUGGACGCCUCAAUGAAGUCACGCCAGCUUAACAUUGAGAAGCAGAGGUCAGACAAUUUGUUGUACCAGAUGAUGCCAAAGUCCGUGGCACAACAGCUGAAGAUGAACAAGGCAGUGAACGCGGAGUAUUUUGACAGCGUCACCGUUUACUUCAGCGACAUCGUUGGUUUUACGACCAUCUCGGCGCAGAGCACGCCUCUCCAAGUUGUGGCGUUCCUCAACAAGUUGUAUACUUUUUUUGACAAUUGCCUUGACCGGUAUGACGUGUAUAAGGUUGAGACUAUCGGCGACGCGUACAUGGUGGUCAGUGGUCUGCCGCAGAGGAACGCAUCACGUCACGUGACCGAGGUGACCUUGAUGGCUCUUGAACUUCUCAUCGGGGUCAAGGACUUCCGUAUUCCGCAUAUGCCAGAACAGGAUCUGAACCUGAGGAUCGGAGUCCAUACAGGUUCGGUCGUCGCCGGUGUAGUCGGGACGAAGAUGCCGCGGUAUUGUCUCUUUGGGGACACCGUCAACACGGCCUCUAGGAUGGAGUCAAGCGGUGCACCCCAGAGGAUCCACAUCAGUAAGACCACGAAGGAUCUCCUCACCGGCAUUGGAGGUUUCUUCAUCGAACCACGUGGAUCCAUCGACAUCAAGGGAAAAGGAGAAAUGGAGACAUUCUGGGUGACAGGGACGUCUCACCACGUCCCCAGGGGACCCUGCGUCGCCCCCCUCCCAGACGUCACCAGGAACUCCUCCUCCGUCAUCGUCGACGUCACGGCAUUGAAUCAAGAGCUUAAACCCAACGUCAUGACAAAGUUGUGA